AUGGCAGUCAGCAUAUUGAGUGCUACGAAAAGUAUCGAGUCAACAUAUGAUUUUUCCAGAGAUGCAUCAGUACGUAAGCCUAUCGCUAUGGAGAGACUACAACAUUUGAUAGUCAUUUGGUUAGACAAUAAUAUUAACAACAAUGACAAAGAUUGUCAAUACACAAUCACUAAAUUACGACGUACGGUGAUUAAUUUUAAAACAUUCACGAAUAGUGAACAAUGCAUCGAAUUUAUCAACACUGUAAAUGAUAACAAGAUAUGUAUUAUUGUUUCAGGUUCACUCGGUCAACAUAUUGCGCCCAGUGUACAUAAUAUGUCUCAAGUAGACACAAUUUUUAUCUUUUGUGAUAACAAAAAACUUCACGAACAAUGGGCUAAAGAAUGGUUUAAAAUUCGAGGUGUCUUUACAAAUAUAACAUUGAUCUGUGAUGCACUGAAACAAACAGCUCAUCAAUGUGAGCAAAAUGCAAUUUCAAUCAGUUUUAUAGAACCUAAUAAGAAAUUGGAUCAAUUAGAUCCAUCGUUUAUGUAUACACAAAUUCUAAAAGAAAUAUUAUUAACAAUUACAUUUGACGAAAAGCAUAGAAAAGAAUUUAUCGACUAUUGUCGUGACCUGUUUGCUAAUAAUACAGAUGAAUUCACAAACAUUAAAAAAUUCGAAGAGACAUACCGUAACAAAACACCAAUAUACUGGUAUACAUGUGAAAGUUUCCUUUAUCCAAUGCUUAAUUGUGCACUAAGAUUAAUGGAUGUAGAUAUUAUUGUUCGAAUGGGUUUCUUUAUUAGAGAUCUUCAUCAUGAUAUUCAACGAUUACAUACGGAGCAAUUUGGUAAUCAGUAUUCAGGUGAACCAUUCACAGUCUAUCGUGGACAAGGUCUAUCAGAAGGCGAUUUUGAACAAUUGAAAAAAACUAAACGUGGACUCAUAUCACUUAAUAGUUUCUUAUCAACUAGUAAAAAUCGUACAAUUUCUCUUACUUAUGCACAAGAUGCUGUAGUGAAACACAAUCUAAUCGGAAUUUUAUUCAUCAUGUCAAUUAAUCCUGCACAUUCAACAACUCCAUUUGCUUCUAUUACUGAGUUUAGUUGUUUUACUAUAGAAGAUGAAGUCUUGUUCUCGAUGCAUACUACCUUUCGUAUUGGAGAUAUUAAACCAAUACGUGGACACAAAAAUCUCCACGAGGUACAUUUAACACUUACUAGUGACAAUGACAAUGAUCUGCGUAUGCUUACUAAUUGGAUUCGAGAAGAGAUCUAUUCAGAUUCGGAAGGAUGGGAACGAUUGGCUCAAUUACUAAUUAAAAUGGGUAAAUCUGAUAAAGCUCAAGAAGUUUAUGAAAUUCUACUCGGUCAAACAACAAAUGAGAGUGAUAAGGCAUCUAUUUAUCAUCAACUUGGUCUUACCAAAUAUAAUCAAGGAAAAUAUCAAGAAGCAAUUAAAUUUUAUGAAAUAUCACUUGCUAUCUACAAAAAGACACUAGCUCCAAAUCAUCCUAAUUUAGCUAUGUCCUACAAUAAUAUUGGUUUAGUGUAUGAUAAUAUGCGUAAUUAUUCGAAAGCGCUUUUAUUUCAUGAAAAAGCUCUUAAAAUUCGACAACAAACACUUCCACUUUAUCAUCCUGAUCUGGCUAUGUCCUAUAACAAUAUCGGUUUAGUUUAUGAUAAUAUGCGUAACUAUCCGCAAGCACUUUUGUUUCAUGAAAAAGCUCUUAAAAUGCGGCAACGAUUACCCCGUUCUAAUCAUCCUGAUUUAGCUACGUCUCAUAGCAACAUUGGUUUAGUGUAUACUAAUAUGCGUAAUUAUCCGCAAGCACUUUUAUCUUACGAAAAAGCGCUUACAAUACGGGAGCAAUCACUUCUCCCUAACCAUCCUAGUUUGGCUAUGUCUCAUAACAGUAUUGGUUGUGUGUAUGACAACAUGGGAAAUUAUUCAGAAGCACUUUCAUCUUAUAAAAAAACUCUUGACAUUCAACAACAGUCACUUCCAAAAAAUCAUCCCGAUUUGGCUAAAUCUCAUUACAACAUUGGUUUGGCGUAUGAAAACAUGGGCAACUAUUUAGAAGCUCAGUCGUCUUAUGAGUGUGCAAUAAGGAUUGCACAAAAGUCAUUACAAGCAAAUCAUCCUCAUCUUCUACUGUAUAUACAAAACUUCAAAGACAUUAAAAAGAAAUUGUAA